UUUGCGCGCUGGAAGAUUGCAUCAUGGCGGCGAUGCGGCAAGGGACGAUCCCGCAGCUCUUCCAGCAACAGAAAAAGUCGUCCACGGUGGCGACGUGGAAGGCCUACACCCCCUUGAGUAAAUCACAGAAGUUGCGCGACAGUGGUGCCUCGGUCGACGAGACACCGACGAAGCGCGUGAAACGAUGUGAGGAUGCAUAGGACGAGACUGACGCAGAAAUGGAGUCAAGAGAGUACCGUGUUUGACGAUACUUCUCUCUGUGACGUCGGUUUCGGCGACACUCCUUGUACCCAAAGCAUUGACACUUCGUGCACUUGGAUAGAUCCGACCUCCGAGUUGGGAUUCCACAGUCCUUUGGAGACGCGGAAGAUGAUCAAGGAUAGCGUCCAUGGGUGCAUUUACCUCGAACCUCUGUGCAUGGCGAUCAUCGACACCGUCCACUUUCAGCGCCUUCGUCACCUAAAGCAGCUGGGAGCUUCGUACUUUGUUUACAUGAGUGCUACGCACUCCCGCUUUGAGCAUUCCGUUGGCGUCGCCCACCUUGCCGAGUUGAUGCUGUCCCAACUGCGCCAGCACCAACCGUGGUUGGGCAUCACCGACCAAGACAUUCUGUGUGUCAAAAUUGCUGGAUUAUGCCAUGACUUAGGUCAUGGCCCAUUCAGCCACGUUUUUGAUGGUAUCUUUAUGCAGCAGCUGAGAGAGCGUGGGUUGAGCAUGCCUCAAAUGAACGGGUGGACACAUGAAAAAGGGUCGUUGGAUGUCUUGAGCGCCUUGCUCUCAGAGUACAAAAUUGACGUGACACAGUACGGCCUUCAAGAGAUUGAUGUCAAAUUUAUUCAAGAGCUGAUCGUUGGUCACCCGUUGCCGUCUUGUUCACAUUUUUGUGGCCGCCCUACCAUGCCAUAUUUGUACGAAGUCGUCAACAACGCGAAGACUGGCUUGGAUGUUGAUAAGCUCGACUAUUUCAUGCGCGAUGCUCAGUACACUGGCGCGAAAGCAAGCUGCGACACACACUUGUUGCUCUCGACGAUGCGCGUGUUGCCCGAUGCCGUCACGGGCGAGUUGACCAUGUGUUGGCCGGACAAAAUGGCCGAACAAAUUAUGAAAGUAUUUCGAACGCGGUAUGACCUCCACCAAGCGGUUUAUCAACACAAGGCAACCCGGGCCAUUGAGUACAUGAUCUGCGAUAUUCUGUUGGAGGCCGAUAUGGCUGGGUUUCAGAUUCAAGGAGCUCGUAUCGCUGAAGCACCGCUGUACAUGAACGUGUACAAGCGCCUGGACGAUCGAGUUCUCGCGCUGAUUGAAAGCAGCGACGAUCCCAGGUUUGCUUCUAGCCGGGCAAUUCUCACGCGACUUGCAACCAAGCCAUUGUACAAGUGGGUUGGAACGACACAAGUAACGGCGCGUUUGGCUGCCCGGUCGGAGAGCCAAAUCAAGAGCGAAAUCGCGGCGGUGGGGCACCUGGACCCGCGCCAUCUUAUUGUUGAGAAGAACCGAGUCCAUUUUGGCCAUAUGGAAUGCGACCCGAUGCAAGCGAUGCGAUUCUUUCGAAAGCACGCUACACCGGCGUCAGUGUGCUUUCAGUUGAACAAAGCCACGUACGCGAUGCAUUGCCCCAAGUACUUCAUGGAGUCAAACGUGCGCUUGUUUGUCCGGGAUGUUCGCUACGCGGAAGCAGCUCGACAAGCGUUUGCAACGUGGGCGGAGCGUCAAAAUGAGUCGGCUCUAUACCCGCAAGAGCUAUAACAUGCUGGCGGUGGGGAUGCUCGACCCGUGUCGUUCAACAUAAUUGAUGUGAGUUGGGGGAGUGCACGCACCUGAAGUGGUCGCACUCCAAGUGGAGUUUUCGUCUAGAAACGACAUGUUCCGAAUGAAUCGUUCAUGCACUUGGUGACUUUAGCCCUGUUCCAAAGCGUAAUGUCUUGAGUACACAACGAACUCGACGAAAUUUCGACCGAUGUUCCUGCCAACUGUGACAAGCAGUGGAAGGAGUUGCGACGAUUCUCGACGGCCUAGUCCUUCUAAAAACCAAUCACCAUUUUCGUUAGAGGGGUCGUCGGGCAAGUGCAUUCCGGAAUAAGCCAA